GUUGUUAAGAGGACUCAAACCCGGUACCUCAAGCAACAUGAUAGCACCUUAGUCUAAUCAUGAAAGAGCUCUCAAUUAUUCUUUCCCUUCCUCCCUUUCUAGAGAGAGAAGCUCUCCCUUUUCUCUAGGAAAAGGAGUUGCUGCUUUGUGGCCAGCGGGAGUAGCACAGUAGGUCCACAGCCCACUGGCGCCGAUGAAUGGCUAGAAAGUGACCUCCGGUGACGCAAGAUGGAGAGUAUGGGGAGCUUGACGACACUAACACUGCUCUUCACCGAUGCUAAAGAGAGGAGGAGCUUCUGAUGGUUGGGUUUCUCCGGUCGUGCAAGGCCACUGCCGCCCUACCCCACCAUCAACUUAUUCAACUAGGAACUUGCUGUCAACCAAAAUCAGUGGCUAUCGGAGAAGGAUUUUGCAGGAGUUCAACUCUAGCAGCUCAGAAGUAGACCAGCAAUGGCAGCCAAGUCCAAGUGGUACACAAGUGGGUUUCCAUUCAACUUGUCUUCACCGGAAGCCGCCAGUUAUUGUGCCGACGAUCAACAAUGCAAGGGCUCCGACCAUAGAUCAUAUGCUGCAGCUUUCCGAUCAUCACUGGCUGCCCUAUUGGCUGAAGGGAGAAAUAGGAGGGAGAAGGCCAGAGUGCCACAAUGGCCAGCAGGCUUGGAGAGUGCAGGGGAUUUCAACAGAUUGGAGAAGUUGAGUAUUGUUUCCGGUGACCAGCAAAUUUCCAGCCAUUGGCGAUCUUGGGGAGCAGGAGACCAUGAUGUCAUCUUGGGGAAAGUGGUCAGCUGGUACAAGGAGGAGGGAAAGGUUUAUCAUACACAUCAGGUGGACUUGUGGGCUAAGGAAAUCAGACUCAAGCCCAACCACAGCCCAUGAGCCCAAGCCCAAACCACUGGAACAGAGCUUUCUUCUCCAGUGAUUGCUGCUGCUGGAUUCCAGCCUCCUUGGAGCUACUCCCCCAAUGAAGAAGCUGUCCUGCUCAACUUUCCAAGCCAUAAGCUCCCUUGGCCAUGGGAGCACAUAUGGAGAGGGAUAGCGGAUGCAAUUGGACAUAGUAGACGGUCCGAGGAGGCGAAAGAGAUGGUGGAAGAGGGGAUGUCUUCCUCACUGGAAGAGAAGCUUGCAAGGGGCUGCUCAAGUGUGGACUCACGGAUGAAGGAUGCAACAAAGUACUUGGGCUUUACCUCUGCUAUGAUCUGAUUUGGACCGUCCCCUUCAUCGGAUUGUGUCCUGUGUCCGAAUGGCGAUGAUCGGAGGAUGGUCGGACCUCGGAACACAUGCUUUGGAGCUUCGCUCGGUAGUUUGGUUGCUGGAUUGUGGAGAGGUCUGGUUUCUGAGUAUGGGAGUGCAACCCUCUCUCGUGAUCGGCAGGCCACUGAUGCGGUUGCCGGUGAUGGUUUCCGGGGUAAGGAGGAGGACAGGGACAGCGGUUUGUGUUUGGAGGACCAGCCAUGGAUGGACUAGCAUGCGACGAUGUUGCCGGCAUUGCCUCAGUGACAGUGGUGUGAUGUACAUUAGUGUUGUACGCAUGAUUGUUUGUUGUAUGAUUCUGGUUAACCGUGAGGUAGGUUAGUGUAUCUAUGUAUACACUAGCCUUUGUGGUACGACAAAACUCAGCAGGCACUUAUUCAGCAUUCGCUGGACAUGAGGUGUUUGAGACUGAUUGUGCCUCUGGGUUUAUAUAUAUAUUUACCUUCAUUAAA